GUGCUGGAAGUUCAUCCUUGGAGCUCUCACCGACUCGCGACGACCAUCACGGCGAUACUUCUCAGAGAGCUGAUUGGGUACCGAGUCGCCUUCAAUCCGACAGAGAACCCACGGGGCCUCUACGAGCGACUACAGAAGGUAUAUCAAGAGGAGGAGGUGGCUCAUGCUCUCCUGCGACGAGGCGAAAACUUUGAGUAUGCAAACAUGGAGGUCUGGAACACCAGAAUCGAAGCGUCACAGAGUGUGGCCAUGGUCGAUGCUGGCGCGAUAGGCUAUCACGGCUACAGUGGCCAUUGA